AUGAAUAUCGCUCAGGUAGCUACUGCUCCAUUGGAAAUUCUUCACGUGGAUCAUUUUGGGUCAUUACAGGAAACCGAAGAUGGUUUCAAGCACGUAUCAGUGCUCGUAGAUGCGUUCACGCGUUUCACAUGGCUAAUGUCUACUCGUUCCACGGGAACACAGGAAACCUGCAAAAUAUUGCAGACCAUUUUUGAUACGUUUGGAGCACCGAAGCUUUUAGUUUCGGAUAGAGGAACAUGCUUUACCUCUUUAGAAUUUGUUAAAUUCGUUGAAACUUAUAAAGUAAAUCACCAAAAGGUUGCAGUCGCGGCACCAAAAGGUUGCAGUUGGACAAACGGCAUAGCUGAACGCGUUAACCGAUUUUUAAAAUCUUCUUUGGCCAAGACUGUGGAGAAGACUGCAGAAUGGGAAAGUCAUUUGAGCGAGGUUCAGUACAUCAUUAAUAAUACUCAUCAUUCUGCUAUCAAGGCCACGCCUAGUAAGGUGUUACUCGGUUACGAUCAGAGGAACCACCGAGAUCGCGAUUUGAGUGGUUUCGUUAAUAUGCUUAGGCACAUAGAUCAAAAUAUCGAGAAAGAAAGACAGUCCACCUGA